AUGGCGAUAGGGUACACUAGCCUACCGCCAAGAUGUCUCUUCUUCCUCCUACCAUUUCUUCUCUCCUUGUCUCUUUCUUUCCCGUCUCCUCCUCCCGACAAAGGCCCGACCACGGCCACCCCCACCACGCCCCGCGCCCAGGAGCAAGGGCCGGCCGCCGCGCCCAGGGGCAAGGGCCGCUGCGCCCAGGAGCAAGGGCCGGCCGCCGCGAGCCGCCGCGCCCAGGGGCAAGGGCCGCUGCGCCCAGGAGCAAGGGCCGGCCGCCGCGAGCCGCCCCCAGGAGCAAAGGCCGCCGCGAGCCGCCGCGCCCAGGGGCAAGGGCCGCCGCGCCCAGGAGCACAGGCUGCCGCGAGCCGCGCCCAGGAGAAGCGGCAGCGGCCGGCAAGGAGCUCCGCCUGCACCCAGCCCGUCGAGCCGCCUCCUUCCGCCUGGCCCGCAACCUAG